UGUUCGGCAAAUUUGUUUACAUCCAUCAAUUCUCUUUUGCCUAUAUCGCAUCAGCAGUAAUAACAGAUAAACUGUAAAAAAUAUUCCUUCGUCAAUUUGUGCUGCUCUCAUUCGAUUCUUGCUCAGCUCCCCAACACUUCGGCAGUGAAUGGCCUCGAAUGCGCUGCUAGGCAAGCUGGUUUUAGCGUUUACGCUGUCCGUGUUCUGCUACUACUUUUUCUGGGUUGCCGUUUUACCCUUCAUGGUGAUUGAUUCCAGCGAAGAUAGUUGGAUUCACUCACUUUUCCCGGAGAUAAAGUUCGCCUUUCUGGUUCCAGCAGUGUUUGGCGUGCUGUUUCUCGGGGGGUUGUCCGGUUUCACACUGUACCAUUUGAGGGCUCAAUCGAGGACCAACACGAACCGGAACGAAUAAGUGGUUGGUCUCCCGGCUCGAUGUACAAUGGAGACGUGGCUUGUGAUUGGCAUUUCGGGUGUCACCAACGGGGGCAAAACGACGCUGGCCAAAUCCCUCCAGAGCUACUUUAGCGGUCAUCUGAACAAAAUCAUCUUUAAGGAAAACAUCACCCUGAACAAAGUGACGCUACUUUGCCAGGAUGAUUACUUUCUACCGGUGGACAGCCCAAAGCACAAGGUAAUCGAAAAACUCAAUCACAUCAACUGGGAAAUCCUGUCAGCGAUGGAUAUGGAUAAAAUGUGUCACGACAUCAUGAAGAUUCUCGGACACAAGUUCAUUCUGUACAACUGCCAGCAGCUGUGCAAGAGCGAAACGGACAACAACAUUGCCGAGCAGGUGGAUCCUGUUACGGAUGAGGAUAACAUCUUCGCCGAUCACUUCCUGAGUAACUAUCUGAACAGAUACGACGAAGGUGCAACUGGGGUGAACCAAAGAGCUUCGAGUCUGAUGAUGAAGAAAACCAAGAAUGAAACAUUCCAAAAUAUGAACAUUAAGCUGAAUGUGCUGCUGAUCGAGGGUAUCCUGAUAUUCAACCAUCCGUUCACGUUGGAUCUAUGCAGCGUGAAAUUCCAUCUGCAUCUUCCGUACGAGAAAUGCUACGCAAGGCGAUUGCAGCGAGUCUACGAUCCUCCCGAUGUGGUUGGAUAUUUCGAGAUGUGCGUGUGGCCGAUGUAUGAGAAACAUUCGAAAGAAAUCAAAGACCGAACUGAUAUCUACAUGCUGAAUGGCGUUGUGCCCAAUGAAAACAUCUUGAACUACGUGUUGAACUGUAUCAAAAAUCUUCUGUGAAGUCUGACAGUAACCAGUAGUAAUAAUAACGGUGGCGAAAUGCAUAAUGGUUCCUUACAACAUUCUGACUUGUCUUUACUAGCAGCGAUCAAAGCGAGAUAUUCGUGAUAAGUGUAGUAUUUUAAUACAUUGAAACUCUUUACAAGGAUUUUUGUAGAAUUGAACAUGACGAACAGGUUGUAAGUUUUU